AUGCUUUCCCUCUCCUUCCUACUCACAGCCCUGCUCUGCUUUGCCAACGCAAAUCCUCUCCCCGGUUCUCGGCUUCAAGCUCGCCAAACUCAGCAAGUCUCCAUCACCCUCUCCGUUUCCGACUCUCAGUUCAGGUCUUUCGAAAACUCUGCCACUCUCAAAUCCUACCUGCAGUCCCAAGGCUACAACUAUAAUCUCAACUAUAACCAGCUCUCUCAGACUAUCGUCUCGACCGAAAAUUACUUUGCGAGCAAAGCUGCCUCCACUACUUCGACAAACUCACUCGCUCCUCCGAACAGCGAUGCCAUACAGACGGAUUCGGAUUCGACGACUUUGAACGGUGAUGCUUCCUACACCAACAUCUCUGCAACCGCGGACACGAAUCUGGUCUCGGCGUUCUCAUUCAGUGACGGGAAUGCGGCUUCAUCCGGCGGCGCAAUUCAACGCCGCAAAACAAUCUCCAGCACCUCUUCGUCCGGUACUGCCGACUCCACCGCCACAGUGACCGGCUCAACCAACCCGGUCAGCAUCUUCAGCUCCGCCGAUGUGCCCUCCGCAUCAACUUCAACCACACUGCAAGGCAGCCCUCAAGACGCUCUCGCCGCAGGGACUUGUGCCGCCGCCGCAAACGGAGCGUCAGCAAGCGCACAAGUCGUCACGACGGUGACUUAUCCCGUCGGGUCUAGCGGACGAUCAGCCACCAGCGGAAGUGUGAGUUCGAUAUUCUGCGAGUCGGGCGUGAGUGCGAGGAGUAGUGGAGCUGCUUCGGGCAGCGGUACGAGCACUGGGCUAGCGAGGGCGGCGUUGACGGAUGGAGGUGUCAGUGCGCAGGCACCUAUAAACAUCCGACUCGAUGCUAACCACUCCGACCUGCGACCUCCAGCACCGCCUUGUUAUGCACCAGCGACCAUGGUCAGUCUUGUGCUACCAUAUGCAACAAAUGGGGUUUGGCCCUUUGGAAAUUUGACCGUCCGCUUGGCGAGACUCGCAAAGCAGCCGUCUACGCCCUCUUCGCCGAGUUCGCCUCUCUGGCUCCAAGUCGGCGCGGCUCUCCCUCACGGCGACAUUGACCGCCGUGCCAGCGUCGUUCCCGCCAUCUGUGCCAACAGCGACUGCGGCAGAAAGAGAGAUGAGUCUGCCGCCGCAGCUCAGUUGCAGGACCAUCUCGAUCGCCGCUCUGUCCCGUGGCCCGACACUUGCGCCGAUCCCCCCUGCGACAGGAAGAGAGACGCACCCGCUACCGCCGCAGUUCAGGUUCGAAACGAUCUGAAUCGCCGGGCCAGCGUAUAUCCCCAAACCUGCGUCGACAACGAUUGCAAGAUCAAAAGAGAGGACUCCGCCGCUGCAGCUCAGCUCCAAGACCAGCUCGAAAGCCGUGCUAGCGUCGUCCCCGAGAACCCAGACUGCCGAAUGAUUGGAGAUUGCGAAGUCAAGCGAGAAGCCGCAGAUGGAAAAGAAAAACCAGACGCUUCAGUUUAUCCCCCAUCAUGCGUUAUGGGCUGCUAA